GGGUUUCGUGUUGAUUUACCCAUCAAGUCUGCACGCUACCGAGGACAGUACAGUAGCUAUCCUAUCAAGCUCUUCUAUACCUCCAACAUUCCCAUCAUUCUGCAGUCUGCCUUAGUUUCAAACCUCUAUGUCAUUUCCCAGAUGUUGUCCGUUCGUUUUAGUGGCAACUUCUUGGUGAACUUACUAGGACAGUGGGCAGAUGUCAGUGGUGGUGGCCCUGCUCGCUCUUACCCUGUUGGUGGCCUCUGCUACUACUUGUCUCCCCCUGAAUCCAUGGGUGCAAUAUUUGAGGAUCCUGUCCAUGUCAUAGUUUAUAUCAUAUUUAUGUUGGGAUCCUGCGCGUUCUUCUCCAAGACUUGGAUUGAGGUGUCUGGCUCAUCAGCGAAAGACGUUGCCAAGCAACUCAAAGAGCAGCAAAUGGUGAUGAGGGGCCACAGGGACACUUCAAUGGUUCAUGAGCUGAACAGGUAUAUCCCUACAGCUGCUGCAUUUGGUGGAUUGUGCAUCGGUGCCCUUUCAGUAUUGGCUGACUUCCUGGGUGCCAUUGGCUCGGGCACUGGCAUUCUGCUGGCAGUCACUAUUAUUUAUCAGUACUUUGAAAUAUUUGUAAAAGAACAGGCUGAGGUUGGAGGAGUAGGUGCAUUAUUUUUCUAGAUGUCCCAAAUAUUUCAUGGUUUGUGUGGAAAGGGAAAGUAUUUUGACAACAUGCAUCAUUUAAUCCAAUAAUGCUAUUUUCUUUUGACUUGUUUUCAAGUGCUGCGUGGCCCAUUGCUGCAGUGGGCACCGAGCAACGCCUGUGAGCAGCGUUAGUACCAGCUGCCUUAAGAAUCAAGUUUACAUUAUCUUGUUUA